CGGGCCGGGCCGGCGGGGUCCCGGGCUGAGGAGGCCGGGCCGGGGGUCCCGGCAGCGGCGGAGCCAUGACUCUGGAGUCCAUGAUGGCCUGUUGCCUGAGCGACGAGGUGAAGGAGUCGAAGCGCAUCAACGCCGAGAUCGAGAAGCAGCUGCGGAGGGACAAGCGCGACGCGCGCCGGGAGCUCAAGCUGCUGCUGCUGGGCACUGGGGAAAGUGGGAAGAGCACAUUUAUCAAACAGAUGAGGAUAAUUCAUGGCUCAGGCUACUCUGAAGAGGACAAAAGGGGCUUCACAAAGCUGGUGUACCAAAACAUCUUCACUGCCAUGCAGUCCAUGAUCAGGGCCAUGGAGACCCUGAAGAUCCUAUAUAAGUAUGAACAGAAUAAGACCAAUGCACUGCUGAUUCGGGAAGUGGACGUAGAAAAAGUCUCAACCUUUGAGCAGCCAUAUGUAAGUGCAAUAAAGACAUUGUGGACUGACCCUGGAAUCCAAGAGUGUUAUGACAGGAGGCGAGAAUAUCAGCUCUCCGACUCAGCUAAGUACUACCUUAGUGACGUGGAUCGAAUCGCAACCCCAGGAUAUCUACCAACCCAGCAAGAUGUGCUACGGGUUAGAGUUCCUACAACCGGAAUAAUAGAAUACCCCUUCGACCUAGAGAAUAUUAUUUUCAGAAUGGUGGAUGUUGGGGGUCAGAGGUCAGAACGAAGGAAGUGGAUCCAUUGCUUUGAAAAUGUGACCUCCAUCAUGUUUUUAGUAGCCCUUAGUGAAUAUGACCAAGUUCUAGUGGAGUCUGAUAAUGAGAACCGGAUGGAAGAGAGUAAAGCCCUUUUUCGGACCAUUAUCACCUACCCAUGGUUCCAGAAUUCUUCAGUCAUCCUCUUCCUCAACAAGAAAGAUUUGUUGGAAGACAAGAUCCUGUACUCCCACCUUGUUGACUAUUUCCCAGAGUUUGAUGGCCCGCAGAGAGAUGCUCAGGCAGCCCGGGAGUUCAUCCUCAAGAUGUUUGUGGAUUUAAACCCAGACAGCGACAAAAUCAUCUACUCUCACUUCACAUGUGCCACAGACACGGAAAACAUCCGAUUUGUCUUUGCUGCCGUCAAGGACACCAUCCUACAGCUCAACCUGAAGGAGUACAACCUGGUCUGACCUGCUCUGCCCCUUGCCCCCUUGGGGGGCCUCCUUGUGAAGAAAAGACGACAAAAGAAAAAUUUAAAAAUUACAGGAAAAAAAAAUCUUAAUUUUUAAUGAUGUAAUGAUUGCAAAUUGUCUGAUCUGUGGAGUGGCGAAUUUGCUCAGUGUUAUCCUGGAGUCUCAUGUCUCUGUCCACAGAGUAGUUGAUUUCAUAUUUUUAACAAAUUGCUUUUAUUUCACAGUUAACGGGGGGGGAUACACCUCACUCUUCGGCACCUUGUUCACCUCUUAAUUUUUGCCUAAGCCAAGGCAGCCUCAUCUUGGGCUUCACUUUGUCACUUAGCCGCUUUUAUUUCCCUUUUCAUUCCCGUGGUCUAUAUAGAGAUCUAUAACUUUUCUGGCCAAGAUUGUAAAUUCACUGGACUGUGGGAGUGUGAAAUGCUACUGGUCCCUUUGCCUUGUGCCAUAGGGUGCCUCUGGUGUAAUUAUUAAUCCUGCUUGCUUUUUGUUCCCAACCUGCCUUCCCCAAGGACACGCCCCAUGGGUCACUGUGAUGAAAUGUUGGGGAGGAACAAUUGCUCUCCAUCUAUAGCAAAAACCCCACAACAAUAACAACAACAAAGCCAUCACUUUUCCAUUCUUUGUACCGUUUAGUCUGGGUUACUUUUUUUUUUUCUUAUCAAUUAUAAAAGAUAUGGAGACUGUGAUUAUUAUUAUUAUUUUUUUUAAAUUAUUGAUGUUCUAUACAUAGUUUGCUACAUAUUGCUGUAUUUUGUUCAUGGACUUUCAAUGAUGGGAGCUCUUGGAGCAAUAGCUGCUGAGCCUGGGGAGAAGUGCCUGACUGUAUUAUUAUUAUUAUUAUUAUUUUUAAAAGUAGGCUCAAUUUAUGGAAAGAAACUUACACUCCACUCAGAGUGAAAGGCAUCAAGUGAGCGACUUCUCUACGCAGCGAAGAUCAGAAGCUCACUGCGUAAUUUAAACACCAAAUUUUUCCGAUUGAAGACCUGAGGUGUCACAUGCCACGCUUGGGUUCUCUUGCGUGCUGUGAACAGCAAGGAAAUCCUCAUCACGUUUUGUGCCAGCUGUGUGCAUUUGUAAUGGUGCUUCAUUCCUGCCCAGCUCGCAAAUUGCCUAGAAAGGACCAGAGCUGGGUGACACGGACUCUGGGGUGUGGGAAAGAUUCUUACUGCUUGAAAAGAUUGUGAAAAGUUUUAGGGGGAGUUCUAUUACCAUUUUUCUGUUUGUGCUCUCCCUGAGACAGAUGCUGCUGUGGUUUUUCUGUAGAGGAGCAUGGAUUCUCUUUGGAGCACUUGCACAGAUAUUUGCUCCAGAGGUGCAGGGUGCUUGAUAAUUGAGAGUACAGCAGCCACUUUUGGAUUGUAUUGCUGAAGUGAGAAUUCUGGGAUGAGAUGGACAGCAGGCUAGUACAGGGGAAGGCAGCUGGGUUUGUUGAUACAGGUGUUACUCAGAAUGGAUUCUAGGUGCCAAAUUGAAUUCCACUCAGCUGAGGGCUUCAAGCCCUUCUGUCUCGUUUUAUAAGCUUUCAGGUGAGUGAGUAAAUGUACCAAAGCUCUGCUGCCUCUUGAUCUGCCUAGUGGAAGACUGCAAUGGCAAGGCAAGCAGUGAGUAAGAAACAGUGGCAUCUGUCCCACCUAUGGACAUAUGUGAAAUACAGGCAACACUAAUAGUUCUGUUACAAUUCCAACGAGUAGCAUUGGGUCCAAAUUCUCUGGAUAACCCAGACACAGCUUCAGUUGCUUGUAAGGCUAACAAAGGCGCUAAUCUCCCAAGCUGCACGGUUGAAGGGUGUGUCCAAUAUUUUGUUGUCUCAUUUGUAGACUGAGCACUACAUCGGUGUUUUGCACAAAAUGUAAUGAAAUUGAACUGCCCCAGAUGCCUUUGAUGUGUAACACUAAAUCUGGAGUUCACACUACGUCCAGUUGUUCUGUUUUAGGGCUCCCUUGUGUUUUCCAAAACCGGAGAGGGAAGACUGCUGUAUUUCACAGAGCACUACAGAAGAAAUAGAGCUUUUGGAGAUGCCUGGCCGUGUCAGAGACCUGGUAUUGCAGUAAUAGCCUUGGGACCAACAAGCAGAGAACCCGGGUCUGGCUGAGAGUAGGGCAGCAGCUGCUUGUAGAAUCGCUACAUUCCUGAUCCUGCCUAAUGUUCAGGAGAAACAAGGGAGGGAUUCUCUCGUAUGCCAGACAGCUUUGCACCAGUUUUACUGCUUUUUUUGUCUUUAUCCCAAAAGGAUCCUUUUUGUCGAAAGUGUUCUGUGAAGAGGAUUUUAUAAUUGUCUUGGGUCUAUUCUAAAUGCCAUUCUUCUGGAACAUAUGGUGUGCCAGUCCUGCUUCCCUGAUUUCGUGAGUGGUUUGCACUGCAUCCAAUUACCGGCGGUGGACCUGGCGCUAAGA